CGUAAAUCUUGCACAUUUAGCCCCAGCGUUGGCGGGCUGCUGCAGCUCUCGGGUUGUACAGUGCAGCCACCUCGUGCGACACAGAUUUCGCGUCCUUCCCUGCGCUGCAAACCAUCAUUGUGAGAGGACGAGGGAAGGAGAAAAACCCGCUUGCGCCGUACAGCAGCAGCCUGCAUUUUGUUUUCGCUCACCCCCAAAAAACUGGUUUGAACCAUGCCUGUACAUCGACGACUACUACUACUACUACUCAACAUGCUGGCAUAUCCACAUUUACGUGUAUAUGUCUAAGCUGCACCUCGUUUGCCUUUCAGCCGAAAAAAAGUACAAAAACAAAGAGAGCUAUCUUCGCGGGGGGCUUGGCCUCUCUGUAUCGAUUUCCACGGCCGCCCGAAUCCCACGCAUUCCAUAGCUACACCUUCCUGCCGAGCACAUAGACCAGCGUUUCCAGAGGGCUGCCAUUUAGCAGCAAGUGAGAUUUAUUUGCAUCUCAGUGGGGAAAAAAAGGAAAGAAAUGCCCGUCUACCUAGUCCAUGGCUUCCGCUGGCCGCGCGAAGGCUUCUCGGGCAUCCGCGUGCACGCGGUCCUGCACAACCUCGACGACUGCAGCGUCGAAUACAUCCAGAACGCCAACUCGCGCGAAGAGAUCCUCCGCUCCUUUCGCGAAAUAUACCCGGACAUCAUGAAGGAGCUCGACCACACCGAUUCGAACCCGGCGUCGACGAGAAGAUUGGAGUUUAUCGAACAAUACAAUCCGGACGACAUAGAAGGGCCUUACGCGGUGAGCCAGCCCUACGCCUUUGUGGGGGACAAGGUCGUGGUGAUCGCGGCGGGACCGGGGAUGGGGUUGACCGGGCCUGGGGUGGCGCAGGCGAAAGCAUACCACCAUGUCCCGACGGAGGCAGACUCUGGCCCAAAUUCGCAGAAGAAACAACGCGCCACGACGCUGCCCAUGUCCAAACCGGCGCCCUUCAACUCGCCUGCGGAUACCACGGCGCUGAGUGUCAAUCUAGACGAGGUUGUCGCCGAUGGGCCGGGACUCACGAAUAAAGCGUGGGAAGCGCUGGCAGAUCUGAGAGACAAGAUCGCGGAGGGGGAGAAGAUCGGAUGGUGGGUCGUCUACAACGGUGACCCGGAACGGUCGUUCGAUGACAUAGAAGACGAGGAGGACGAGCAAGAGGACGAAGAGAUGGAAGACGUGGUGGAGGAAGACGAAGACGAUGAAACGAAAACGGUCGGUGCUGUUGCCUCUCCCACGUCACCCCCUCCUCCAGCUGCUGCUGCCGCCGCCACUCCAGCUUCUGCUUCUACUGCUUCGACGAGAGGUCACCGUCCCACGCCCAGCGACUCCCUUCCCAUUCCCACGUCCACCAUGACGAGCUAUCAACAGCCCACUUCGCCUGUAGCGCCCAUGCUCGCCCAACCACCACAUAUCGCGACUCAACUACAGCAGCAAUCACAGCCACAACCCCAAUCUCAACACCAAGAAGGAGGCUCACCCGGCUUGACUGCCCUUCCCGUCCGACCUACGCCCCCUUCAUCAAUAAUAGGAGGACCCGGGACGCGACCAACCACAGCACCCGCUGCGUCGGAGACCAGCAGGGGCAAACAGAAGGAAAAGGAAAAGGAAAAGGACCUCCCAGAAGAACAGGCCAGGGCCAAGGACGCCGCCAAGUCACAGGGCUUGAGGAAGAAAUUCUUUGGAAGAAGGACGUGAAUGUUUUGUUCAUGAAGAUGAUGACUCUGACGAUGCCCACGAUACCACCGCAUUAUGCAAGAAGCUCGAAAAAUUCAAUAGACCAAAAAUGAUGGACCCCAUGAAACACAAACACUCCAUUUGGGAGACAGACUACCAUCUAUAUCAUAACUUUCGGACUCUGACGAAAAAGCUGCCAUUGCGCUGGUCAUUCCGGAUGCCUGCAAAUUACAAUGGCGGGGCGAGGAGUCGCUGCCACCAGCAGGAUAAAAAUCCAGGUUGCUCGCAUAGAACCAACACUGCAAGCUGUCCGGCUACAAUGAUGGGAGUCAUCAUUUAUCAUGUUUGACGCUGCAGGAUCAGGACGAAAUCCUGCCACGUGUGUCACAGGCCAGCGGCCAUGGCAAGAAGUGCCUUCAAGCGUGAAUGAAUGUCCUUAGGACUACGAAGUGUCGAGAUCGAGCAAGACAGAGGUGGUUGCUUCGCCCAGGAGGCGAAACACAGUGCGAACUUACCCAGUCCCUGACAAUGGAUCGUCCGGCUUCUAGAAUCUUGGACGACGAAUUCAAAGGAAAUUUGCAACAGACCAAGGAGCUUUCCUCCAGCUGCAAAGCAUGGUAAUGACAGGUGCCUAAUGGGGAUCGGGAGCCUGGGAUCCUCUCAACCACACGCCUUUAGAGCCAGAUGGAGCAAGUCGAUUACCUCGCGGAAGCUUGGAGACGUACGGACAAGAACUUGGGAGAUUCAGAGGUUAGCCGGAGGACACGUAGACCAUGAACUGAUAUGUUUCCCAAUUGAUGGCCAGCUCCAAACCAGUGCUGGGAAAAACAAGGUUGAGAGUGGCAAGAUGCUUUGGUCCGUUUUAGAGCCACGCAGGAGACGUCCAGACUAUGACCUUGAAGAGUUUGAAGUUCUCUCGGGAAUCAAAAAUGCUUUUGUAUGUCGUACCUCUGUCAUGAGGGCCCGCAACAGUAAAGGAUGUCCUGCCCGUUACAGAAGAGUCCAUGCAGAGAAGUUGAACCAAUCCGGCUUUGAGAUCCUUUCCAUAGAGCAAGCACUGAAGUUG